AUGCCGGAGAUAGUGGCCGUGUCCUCCUCAACCACACGCUUUUCAUCAAAGAACAUCAUCUACGGAAUUGCACCGCGAGCCAGUGAUCAUCAUCUUUCCACCAAACAAGACGUGGAGGCUCGAAAAACCAUGCGGCGAAGAACGCUCCAGGCACUCUUCGCAUUCGUCGCAUCCUCCAGUGCCCAUUCCUGGGUUGAGCAGCUCACUGUCAUCGCCCCAAAUGGGACUUUCGUGGGCACUCCGGGGUAUGCGCGAGGAAACUACCUUCGCAGCACCUCCGGAUUCAGCGAUACCACAAUGACCUACUUACUUCCACCCAGCAGUCGGGCAAAUGUGACGCUGAUCUUGCCCACCGACAAGCUGUGCAAGAGCACCCAACAGACCCCAAACCAGACGGAUGGAAGCCCCCGUUUGCAAGCCAGCGCUGGCGCUGCGGUUGCACUCCGCUACCAAGAGAACGGACAUGUUACACUGCCCUGGAAUCAGCCUGGGAAACCAAAGAACCGAGGAACGAUCUACGUGUAUGGAACCACACAACCCAAAACCGGCGAAAAGCUUUUGGACGUCCACGGUGUCUGGAACAGCAAUGGCACCGGGGGCGAUGGGCGAGGCGUGCUGCUGUCCCAGCAGAACUUCGAUGACGGCCGUUGCUACCAGAUCAACAGCGGCAACAUCUCGGAAUCGCGUCAGGAGGAGUAUCCGCACCAGGCCAACCAACUGAUGGGCGCGGAUAUGUGGUGCCAACAGGAUAUCCGGCUGCCAUCGACCGCCCCAUCUGGGAAGUUGUAUACGCUCUACUGGGUGUGGGACUGGCCCACUGCCCCGGGUGUCGAUCCAACAUACCCACAGGGGAAGCAAGAGAUCUACACGACGUGUAUGGACGUGGAUGUGGUGGGCACGUCCGUGUCCCAGAAGGAGAUAGAGGAUGAGGACGGGUAUGCCGUCGGCCAGGAUCUCAACAGUGCUGCCAUCCCGUCGGAGUUUGCCGAUCUCGACGAUGCCCCGGCAGCAGCAGAGACAACUGCGCUUCCGUCUCCACUAUCCCACCCCAAAUCAACAUCCACAUUGACGAUUACAUCGACGGUGGAGGUUCAGGUGGUUACCGUGACCGCUUGGAAGACGACUGAGAAGACCGUCACCGUGGGUGGGUGUCGAUCGACCGGAACUAUGAGUGCAGGACGGCAGAAGAGGGCAUACAGAGGGGGAUGA